AUGGUUAUCUCUAGUGAUGAAGAUGAAAGCUAUAUUUCAGAAGAGCUAGUGGACAAGUGUAUCUCUGAUGAUGAGAAGAGUGAAGAGGAGUUCAGAAAGUAUCCUGAGUUUGAUGAGAAGGCCACAUUUGGGGAGGAUGCAUGGACAUGGCUGAAAAGAUUCAAGUCCGACGCUUGGAGCAAAGCUGGAUUUAGUGAUUACCCUAAGAAUGAUAAUCUACUAAACAAUACUUAUGAGCAGUUUAACUCGAAGAUUGUGAAGUUUAAAAGUAAUCCAAUCAUUACGAUGCUUGAAGAGAUUAGAUGUUAUUUGAUGGGGAAGAUGAAUAAGCAUAGAUUGGGGGCAAAUAGCUUUGUGGGUCCAAUUUGUUCAGUAGCACAAAGUAGGCUAGACAAGUGUAUAAAAGAUAGUUCAUAUUGGACCCCUGAAUGGGUUGGUGAUGUAGCGAGUUACAAAUUUCAAGUAUGGAAAAUGCCCCAAUGUAAGGUGGUAGAUUUAGGUGCUGGGACUUGCAGUUGUAGAAUGUGGCAGUUAACUGGGAUACCAUGUGCGCAUGCUAUUGCUUGCAUGGCUUACAAUAAUUUGGAACCCCAGAAGUAUGUUCAUUCAUGGUAUUCCACUGAACGAUGGAGAGCCACUUAUGUCCCCUACAUUGAACCAAUUACUGGUGAAAAUGACUGGCACCGCACUGAACUGCCACCAGUUGAGCCACCUACAUUUAAAAGAUCGUCUGAAAGGCCUAAGCAAAUGAGAAGGCAAUCUGAGGGUGAGGCAAGAAACUCAUGCAAGGCAACAAGAAAGUAUGGUGAGACUCACUGCUCUAGAUAUGGAGAGGCCGGGCACAACGUUAGGAGAUGUACGAAAGAAGCUAAUAAUGAUGCUCCAAAUAAGAGGGGAAACAGAAGAACAACUAGGGGUUCUAAUGCAUCUGAUUCACAAGUAUACUAA